GAGCGAUGGAUCACAGACAGCAGCGUGUGGCUCUCAACGAUGGCCAUUCCAUGCCUGUCCUGGGAUUUGGCACAACUGUACCUGAGAAGGCUCAUGCCAGUGAAGUCUGUGUAGCCACAAAGCUUGCUAUAGAAGCUGGUUUUCGCCAUAUUGACUCUGCUUACAUAUAUAAGGUAGAAGAGGAGGUAGGAUUGGCCAUUAGAAGUAAGAUUGCAGAUGGCACUGUGAAGAGAGAAGAUAUAUUCUACACUACAAAGCUGUGGCCCACUUUCAGUCGCCCGGAAUUGGUCCAACAUAGUUUGGAAAUGUCACUGAACAAACUUCAGUUGGACUACGUUGACCUUUUUCUCAUCCACUUUCCAAUGCCUCUGCAGCCUGGAGACAAAAUCAUACCACGUGAUGAAAAUGGAAAACUAUUAUUUGAAACGGUGGAUCUCUGUGACACAUGGGAGGCCAUGGAGAAGUGUAAGGAGGCAGGGCUGGCCAAGUCCAUCGGGGUGUCCAACUUUAAUCGCCGGCAGCUGGAGAUGAUUCUAAACAAGCCAGGACUCAAGUACAAGCCUGUCUGCAACCAGGUCGAAUGCCAUCCUUACCUUAACCAAAGCAAAAUGCUGGAUUUCUGCAAGUCAAAAGACAUUGUUCUGGUUGCCUAUUGCACGCUGGGAUCAUCUCGAGAUACACAAUGGGUGGACCCGAAUUCCCCAGUUCUCUUGGAAGACCCAGUGCUAAGCGCCAUUGCGAAAAAGCACAAGCGAACUCCAGCCCUGAUUGCCCUUCGCUACCUGCUGCAGCGCGGGAUUGUGGUCCUGGCGCGGAGUUUCAACGAGAAGCGGAUCAAAGAGAACCUGCAGGUGUUUGAUUUCCAGUUGACAUCAGAGGACAUGAAACGUAUAGAUGGUCUCAACAGAAAUUGCCGAUAUAAUACUGCCUCUUAUUUAGCUGGCCACCCAGAUUUUCCUUUCCAUGAUGAAUAUUAAUGCGAAGACCUUUGGGGAGACUUCAGAUGUCCCUCGUUAUGCUGGUGACGCGUUGAUGUUGGAGAUGCACCUGGUGGGCAUAUUGGUUCUUGGUCCAGCCAGCUGGAAGUCUGGGA